UAUUAAAGGUGCUCCUUAUAUAUCAAUUCCAACACAAAGCGCGCACACAAAAAAAAUCAAUUGAACUCAUUAUAGCAACAAUUAUCAAGGAGCAUGAGUGAGCAUUCAGAUAAAUUAGGUGACCCCAUCAAAUAUGGAGACAUCUUUGAAGUAUCAGAUGAAUUAAGUAGAAAGCCCAUAGCUCCAAAAGAUGCAGCCGCUAUGCAAGCAGCCGAGAGCAUGGUAAUCGGCAAUGUUAAAAAAGGUGGCCCUGCGGCACUUGCACAAUCGGCUGCUGAUAUGAACGAGAGGCGUGGCCUUCUACCCCAUGAUGCAGUCACCAAUGUUACCAGACACGAUGCAGUUACCAUAUCAAAGACGGAAGUCGAUGGCCAACGUGUUUUCAUUGAGUCCAUUGGUGGACGG